CAGACAUGGGUGGGGCUGUGGGUGCUUCUGCUGCCUGACAAGGAGACCGAGGCCCUCACGGAGCUGCAGGUGCUGUGGGACCAAACUAUGGACUACCAACAGAAACUGGCUGAGAAGUUGACCCUCUUGAAUGAGAGGGGCACCGGAGUCCUCAUACGCAUGAACUACAUUAAGAAGACAUGUGCUGACCCCAAACUACGACCAUCCAUUCUGACUGAUAAAGUCAUGGAGUCCGCCAUCAAACACAUUAACAAGAAAUUUCCAAACAUUGACUUCAGAGGAAGUGUUCAAAGUCUGACCUCCAUCCAGCGACAAAAGACUGAAGUGCUCUCAGCCACAUCUAUCUUCUAUGAUUCCUUCCUCGAUGUCAUAGAGUUCAGGGACCAUGUUUAUGAGCUCCUCAACACAAUAGAUGCCUGUCAGUGCUUCUUUGAUAUUGCCAUCAAUUUUGACUUCACUAAAAGCUACUUGGACCUGAUCAUUACCUACACCUCUGUCAUCAUUACAUUGUCUCGUAUUGAUGACAAGAAAGCCCUUGUGGGAAUGUUCAACUGCGCUCAUGAGAUGACCAAUGGCAGCAGUGACCCUUCCUACCCACGACUUGGACAAAUGUUUGUUGAAUAUGAACAUCCUUGGAAGAAACUCACUGAAGAAUUUGGCCCUCAUACAAGAUCAGUGACAUCGGCCUUGCUGUCUCUGGGAGUGUUGUACCCUCGCAGAAACCUGCCAGCCGAGCAGUGGCGCAGUGCCCAGCUCCUGAGCCUCCUCAGUGCCCCGGCGGCCAUGUUGGAUCCAGCCUGCUGUGACACGAUGGCAUGUGAAUAUCUGUCUCUGGAAGUUAUGGAGCGGUGGAUUAUUAUCGGCUUCCUGUUGUGCCACAGCAGCCUAAAUAUGCACCCACCUGCGCUGGAGCUGUGGAAGAUGGCCCUGCGCAGCGGCCUCUACCUGACCCUCACCAGAGACGAAGUCCUCAACAUCCACAAAGUCUCUGAGGACCUCUUUGACAACAUAAAAGGAUAUAGCAAGCGGGUUGCAGACAUUAAGGAGGGCCGUGAAUAUGUCCUUGUAAACUGUGGGGCUAUGCACAGAGAGAAGAGACACUAUCUGAGAGGAGCAUUGAAGGAGUUAUAUAAUGUUCUGGAGGAUGAACCUGGACUACUGGGACCCAAGGCCCUGUACAUCUGCAUGGCUCUGUCAUUCUCCAGAGAUGAGAUUCAGUGGCUUGUCAGGCAUUCAGAGAGUAUGCCAAAGAUUAAGACUCCAGAGGACUAUGUUGACAAUCAAAUGGCUGAGCUGCUCUUUUACAUAGAGAAAUUGCGAGACCUGAUGACAAAGUACAGGCGUGUAGUACAGCGAUACCAUGUUCAGUACUUGGCUCAGUUUGAUGCCCUUGUUCUUAACGAUACUAUACAGAACAUGUAUGUGUGUCCUGAAGAGGAGUCAGUUCUACUGACUUCCUUUGUCUCAACUAUGUCAGCUCUCUCCAUCAAACAAGUUGAUAACAAGGAAGAGUUUGAUUUACAAGCACUGAGACUGGAUUGGUUACGAUUACAGGCAUAUUGCAGUGUCAGCAAAGCUCCCCUUCCCAUCAAAGAGUACCCAAAUCUAGCAAAAGUGAUGAAUGUGAUCCAGUUUCAUACUAAGAUGGUUGACAACAUUGAAGAAUUGCUAUAUGAGACCUCUGAAUUGUCCAUACUUUGUUUCUACCCUCGUGUGUUUGAGAAGAUGUUCAGUCAAAGCAGUGAUGAGAUGAAGCGCUUCCUGAUGUCAUUCCCAUCCGUCUGCUCUCACUUCAGCUACUGUGGACACCCCCUCUGCCCAGAAGAGACAGACGCAGUGGAGAAGAGGAGUCUGCGCCUGUGUGUGACUUUCCUGGAGCAGAUAGCCAAACAGACCAGCAAUGUCAUCUUAGAGAUUUGUGCAGAGCAGUGUAUGCUCCACGACCAGUUGCUGCCUAAGCACUGUGCAGAGACUGUCAGUGCAGCUCGCUACAGAAAACAAAAAAAGCCAGUGCCAAAGAAGGGAGAAGUGCAAAAGGAGAAACCGGGGGCAGAAAGCCUCAGGAAAGACCGCACAGUUGCCACCAAUGUGGACAAGAUGCACCUGAUGUUAACAGAGCUGUGCUCUAGCUACAGCCUCAGCUCGGAUCUUAUCGUAUUUGAGCACAUUGUGGUUCCUACUGAGUUCCUACUUUCUCAUCUGGAGACACGCCUCGCUGAGAUCAUCGUGAGAAUGGCCAAUUUCAACCAGGCCACCCAAGAGAUAGCACGUCCAUCUGACCUUCUGGCUAGCAUAAGGGCCUACAUUGCCACUUUGCAGACCCUAGGCAGCUACGUCAAUGUGGAUGUUACUCGCAUGGUCAAGAGUGUUCUCCUGCAGCAAACCCAGCCUCUGGACUCCCAUGGUGUACAAACUAUCACCACCUUAUACACAAACUGGUACCUGGAGAGUCUACUGCGUCAGGCAAGCAACUCCUUCAUCGUCCACUGUCCCACAAUGCACUGCUUUGUCAACCAAACCACAGACAAUGAGCCCAGUUUCAAGGCAGAGGAGUUCUCAGACAUAUCAGAGUUGAGAGCACUGGCUGAGCUCAUUGGCCCAUAUGGUCUGAAAUUUCUGAGUGAGAACCUGAUGUGGCAUAUCACCUCUCAAGUCAGUGAGAUCAAGAAACUGGUGAUUGAAAAUAUGGACGUCUUGGUACAGAUGAGGAACAAUUCUGACAAGCCUGAAGAGAUGGCCAACCUCAAGAGGAGAUUGACAGGUGGAGAGAACAUGCUGAAGAGGAUGACAAUCAUUGGCGUGAUCUUGACAUUCAGAUCAAUGGCAAAGGACUGUCUGAAAGAUACCCUGGAGAGGCACUGUCCUUACCUGAUGGGGCCCAUUGGGUGCCUGAGAGAUUUCAUUACUCCUGAAGCCGACAUCAAGGUGACCCUCAGUGUGUAUGAACUGGCCUCAGCUGCAGGAUUGUCAUGUGAUAUUGAUCCAGCUCUUGUGGCAGCCAUCAGUAGCAUGCAAACAGACAACACUUCAACUGAUGACGAGUAUAAGCUGUCCUAUUUACUGCUGGUCUACAUUGCUGUGUCACUGCCUUUAUUAGCCCUGGAUCCUAACUCCUGCUACACUCGGCAACAUGGAGGUCACAACAAUAACAUCCACUGUUUAGCUAUGGCCAUCAACCAGCUGUCUGCCGCCAUGUUUACUGUCCAGAACAAGAACAUCGAGCAGCACCUCAAAGACUUUCUCCUGCUGGCGUCAUCCACUCUUCUUCAACUUGGACAGAACUUGGAACGGGUGGAGAGCAAGAAUCGAGAGGCCAUAUACUUGCUUUUACACAUGAUCGUGGAAGAGUCUCCCUUUUUGAGUCAGGACAUGUUGGAGAGCUGCUUUCCUUAUGUGCUUCUCCGAAAUGCCUACAGAGAAGUGUAUAGAUCCUUUAUCAUCACUGUGGGAUAAUUUACUCUGCUUAGUAUUGGCUUACAGCUGGUAGUGUGCUGGAGAGGAACCUUUGAUUAACCAUACAUGGUUGGGCAGUGCUCUUAAUGUUUCUAGGAAAUGCACCAUCCUCACAUGACCUAUGUAUUUUUAUUUUUUUUUCAAAACAAAAAUUUAACAACAUUAACAUAUUUUGUAAAAAUGCCUUUAAUUUUUUGUCACCAUAUACAUAUUAUAGCCUAUUUAAGUGUUUUUAUUUAAAAAAAAACAAAACAAAACUGUAAUCUUGCUUUUUUCAGUAUUUUCAGUAGUUUUUUCAUAUGUCAAUUCAACAUUAACAAAUAGUAGCUUUAGCUUAUUUGUGUUGUUGCCAAUAGACAAAAAUCAUGUAGUCACUUAUCUGCAGUCUGUUUACACCCUCUUUGGCUUAUGUGUUUGUUUUGCUAACAUGCAUCUGUUUAAUAACAAAUCCAUGCACCUCCAAAUAUAACUGUUGAAUAAAAUAACCACACAGUGCAGCAAAUUGAA